GUUUUUGCUCUUGUGAUUGUCGGAGUCGAGAGUUUCUUUGGCAAGAAGGGCAUACCGCUUUUGCAACAAAGGCAGAGGCUGAUGCUGAGGUCCUUGAGAUAUUGGAACUAUAUAGACGAAUAUAUGAAGAAUAUCUGGCAAUACCUAUUGUGAAGGGUAAGAAGAGUAAGCUAGAGAAAUUUGCUGGUGGCCUUUAUACGACAAGUGUUGAGGCCUUCAUCCCAAACACUGGGCGAGGUAUACAAGGUGCCACAUCACAUUGCUUGGGUCAAAAUUUUGCUAAAAUGUUUGAGAUAAAUUUUGAGAAUGAGAAGGGAGAAAAGUCUAUGGUUUGUCAAAAUUCUUGGGCAUAUAGUACUCGAACGUGGUUACUCUGCAUUGGAUUGUCAGUAUGAUCAUCUUUCAAUGCAAGAGAGUGUUGUGGAUGCUUUGCCUUUGAUGGGGAUUUACCCAACUCAUCCUUUGUGUUCAACAUUGGAUCUUGUGCCUAGUCCAAGUGCAAUCCAAGAAGAUUUAUUGUUUGGAUAUGGAAAUGGGUAUGGAGUUUUGAAUCAAGAAAUAAGUCCUGUUGGGUUUGAAACAGAGCCUCAGAGUCAGAACCAGCCAUUGCUAUUGUGUGACGAUAAUGAGGAAACUCAAGAGGAGUUUGUUAAAGAAAAGACGGUUAAUAAUAAAAGAUGUAGUGAGGAGAAGAGUAACAGUUCAAAGACAUUGUCAAGAAAGACAAUAUCUGAGUACUUCUAUAUGCCAAUAACACAGGCUGCAAAGGAAAUUGUUGGGUUGACACUGUUGAAGAAAAGGUGUAGGGAAUUGGGUAUUCGUCGCUGGCCUCAUAGAAAGUUGAUGAGCCUCCAAACCCUAAUCAAGAAUGUUCAGGAAAUGGAUAAGGGACAGAAAAAAGGCGCUGAGGGAAGGUUGAAGGAGGCUAUUGAUGUAUUGGAGCAAGAGAGAAAGUUAAUGGAAGAGGUCCCUGAUAUGCAACUUGAAGACAAAACAAAGAGGCUAAGGCAAGCUUGUUUUAAGGCUAGCUACAAGAAGAGGAAGCUCACGGGGAUGGUGGAUUCUCAUACUUCUUCUUCUUCUUCUAGCAGUAUCCGCACAAGUAAUACAAAUGCAACGACCCUAGAUUACUAUGGGACUUGGGAAGACAAAGAAGAAGAGGAGAUUAGGUCUCUCUUGUCUGGCUGUUUUUCUUGUUCUAAUAUAUUGCUCUAAAAUCUGAACGUCAAUAAGCUUGCUUGGUUAGGUCUUUCAAAAAGUACUUUUUAGAAAAUUUUACAUUCUUGUUUUCCGUGUUUUUUUAUUUUUACUGAAUUUUUUAAAUAUUUUAAGCAAGUUUUUUUACUUUUUUGACAUA